AUGACGCACGCUAUCUCGUCUGACCCAGCGCCAGUACGAAGUUUUCUUCGAGAUAUUUCUAAAGAUGAAGCAACACAUUCAAUUCGUGUAAUGGGGACUCUAGUGUCGGUGCUCCAGAGCGCCGCUGAUGAAAUGCCCUCCGUUGUUCUGGACGACGGAACGGCCACCGUCGUAAUUCAAACUCCGCCCCAUAUGUUGAACACGCUCAGAUGGAGUAUUGGAGAUACCAUGGAAUGUAUAGCCAAAUUGGAGAAGCAAAUCGAAAAUGCGGCACUAGUUCUCGUUGCCGAUACUCUGAUUUGUGUGGAAGACGUCCAUGCUGCGCCAUUACGGUGGGUGGAACUGUCUUACCGAAAUGACCCUUCGUAUGAUGCCAUGGGGCUUCGUUGGGGAUACCCGAGUCGGGAAAUGAAUGCAGAAGAAAUGUUUGAAGUUAUUGCUGGCUCAUGUCCGGACGACAAGUCCGGUGUUUCGAAAGACGAUUUGGUGUCGGUCCUUCAAUACGACGUAGAGCAAGUAGAAGAAUGGAUUUCCGAGUUACAGGAGCUGGGUCAAAUCUACCAAGGUGAAGACGGAAGCUAUCUUCCACUAUAA